AUGGGCAAGAUUGUAGCUGCCGUGGGACUCUCCCACGCACCGGGGGCGAUUGGUUUUCCAGAAACUGCACAGCCAGAGGCCCGAGCCCGUACAGAGGAGGCAACACGCAAACUAGGGAAAACGCUAACAGAGGCGAAGCCCAAUGUGAUUUUUGCAUUUCUCGAUGAUCACUUCGAGAAUUUCUUCCGCAAGAACAUGCCCACUAUCGCAAUCGGUGUGGCAGAGACGCACAGUGGCCCCGCGGACCAGCUCAUGGAGGCUCUCCGAGUCUCGAAGAAACAUUAUUUUCCCGGCAAUCCUGCAAUAGCCGAACAGCUUCUCACGUCGCUGGUGCACAAUGGCUUUGACUGCUCGCGGACUGGCGAGGCAGAGUUUGGCCAGAAUGUGCUCAUGCCCUGGGUUUUGAUGCAAGCAGACCUGCCCAAUGUGAGCGUCGUCCCGAUCUACAUCAACGUUUUCACCCCGCCUCUCAUGAAAUACUCCCGAGCAUAUGCACUAGGCCAGGCCGUUCGAAACGCCGUAGAGACACUUCCAGAAGACUGUCGAGUCGCGUUGAUGUGCACUGGAGGCUUAUCACAUUGGCCGCCCUACUGGAACCCCAAUCAGGCCGGCGAUCCGCCUACCGACCCUUUCCUUAUGAAGAUGAAAGAAUAUCAAACAUACGGCCACUCGGUAUUGAAAAAGUACCCAAACCUGUUUGUUGAAUUGGAUGAAUAUGAGAUUGAAAUGGCCAAGAAGAACGAAUAUCCGCUCAACUCAAAGCAUCCGCUCAUCAACGCUGAGUGGGAUAAGAAGUUUCUCAAGCACUAUUGUGACGGGGACUCUGAGUGGCUGAAGAACCUGACGUAUGAAGAGGUUGAAGAGGAAGCUGGCCAUGGUGGCCACGAGGUACUCAAUUAUGUGGCCGUUGCAGGUGCUAUGGAUGGAAUGAAGGCUAAACUGUUGCUAUAUGAGCCUGUCCUCGAAUGGAUUUGCGGUAUGGCAUAUGUUGACUUUGAGGUUAGCAAGAUGUAA